GCUCGGUCACCGUGGCCAAGCCCGGGCUGGUAUUUGACGCCGCUUUUACGGCCUUUAACUACAUUUCCCAUAAGCCUUUGGUGGCCAGCUCUGUUUCUUGGCUGCUUUUUCCCGUGAUUGUGUGACUCUAGGGAUGAGUAGGCCUUCCUUGGAAGGAGAUAAUUCAAGCCUCGUGGUAGGUUUGGAGCGGGAACGCUCUCUCUCUCUCUCUGAAGAAUCCUGGAGCUCGGCGUCAAACGGGUCAAACCCAAACUCCAAAAUGAGGCGACACCAUCUUGGCCGUGGUCUGGCUCUGGACUACUUUUCCCAGAGUCCACAGCGGCCCGAAGUCACGUCUCUCGACGUCGUGCGAGAUCGUUAGCUCCGCAGAUAUCCCGACGCGACCAAGAGAAGUCCGAAGGGUUUUAAUCAAUGUCCUGAACCCCACCUUUAGACUUCAAGGCUCUGCAGACUCCAUGAAUUCUAAUGCUCAUGUUUUGCAGGUUUUCGUCCUGGUCGGCAGAAACCCAGACCAGUGGAGCCAGAUGAUUCCGCAGCUGUUUAGAGCACAUCGGAGCAAGUAGGGACUCUGCACUUGUCUAAGAUAAGAAUCCAGAGAAAGUGGAUCAGGGCAGGCAAUUCCAAAAGCCAUGGCCCAGGGAUUGGUGUCAUUCAGGGAUGUGACCGUAGAGUUUUCUCAGGAAGAAUGGAAGUACCUGGAACCUUCCCAGAAGGUCUUGUACAGGGACGUGACUUUGGAGAACUUCAGUAAUUUGGUUUCACUAGCAGGAAUUUCCAUCUCUAAACCUGACGUCAUCUCCUUAUUGGAGCAAGGGAAGGAGCCCUGGAUGAUUGCAAAGGAUAUGACAGAACAAAGGUGCCCAGACUUGGAGUCCAGGCGUGAGAAAUUGCCACAAAAAGAUGUUUUUGAAAUAGAGUCAUUCAACUGGGAGAUAAUGGAAAGACUUAAGUGCUGUGAUCUUGAGGGCUCCAGUUUUAGAGAAGCCUGGGAAUGCAGAGGCCAGUUUGAGAGACAACAAUUAACUCAAGAGUGCUAUUUCAAGCAAGUGAGGAUUACCUAUGAAAACUUGCCCACUUUCGAGAAUCACAAAUCCUUCAUGCUACAUCAUGGAAAUGAGAGUGCUGAAAAACUGAUUGAAUGUAAGGAAUGUGGGAAAGCAUUUAGUCGUGGCGCACACCUUAUUCAACAUCAGAUUACUCAUACUGGUGAAAAACCUUUUGAAUGUAAGGAAUGUGGGAAAGCCUUCCGUCGUGCCUCACACCUUGUUCAGCAUCAGAGAAUUCAUACAGGUGAGAAACCUUAUAACUGUAAGGAAUGUGGGAAAGCCUUUGGUCGUACCACUGAACUUAUUCUACAUCAGAGACUUCAUACUGGUAUCAAACCCUAUGAAUGUAAAGAAUGUGGAAAGACCUUUAGACAGCAUUCACAACUUAUUCUACAUCAAAGAACUCAUACAGGUGAGAAACCCUAUGUAUGUAAAGACUGUGGGAAGGCCUUUAUUCGUGGCUCACAACUUACUGUGCAUCGGCGAAUUCAUACAGGUGCUAGACCCUAUCAAUGUAAAGAAUGUGGGAAAGCCUUUAGACAGCAUUCACAACUUACUGUACAUCAGAGAAUUCAUACUGGUGAGAAACCCUAUGAAUGUAAGGAAUGUGGGAAGGGCUUUAUUCAUAGCUCAGAAGUUACUCGACAUCAAAGAAUUCAUUCAGGGGAGAAACCCUAUGAAUGUAAGGAAUGUGGGAAAGCCUUUAGACAGCAUGCACAGCUUACUCGACAUCAGAGAGUUCAUACUGGUGACAGACCCUAUGAAUGUAAGGAAUGUGGAAAGGCCUUUAGUCGUAGUUCGUACCUUACUCAACAUCAAAGAAUUCAUACAGGUGACAAACCCUAUGAAUGUAAGGAAUGUGGGAAAGCCUUUAUUCGUGUUUCACAGCUGACUCAUCAUCAGCGAAUUCAUACUUACGAGAAACCCUAUGAGUGUAGAGAAUGUGGAAUGGCCUUUAUCCGUAGUUCACAGCUUACUGAACACCAGAGAAUUCAUCCUGGAAUCAAACCGUAUGAAUGCAGGGAAUGUGGGCAGGCCUUUAUUCUUGGCUCACAACUCAUCGAACAUUACAGAGUCCAUACUGGGUAGAAAGCCUUGAAUGUUAGGGAGUGCACACCUGGCUCAAUACUAGAUAAUUUUAACGUGAUGUAAUUAAUGUCAGGAAACCUUCAUUUGCUGCUUCUGUUAUGGAACAUCAGAGAACUCACACCAGAAGAAAAUCUAAUAAAUGUAAAAUUCUGUUUGCUCACACUCACUUUUACUAAGCAUUAGAGAAUUUAUGCUGAAAAUAUAUUAAUAUGAAUGUAGAAAAGUCUUCUGUUUAUCACUCAGAAUUUGUUAAGUUUCUGAGAAUUCCUAAUAGAGAAAUUCUAAAAUAUUUUAUGAAUUUGCCUUUAGCCAUGGCGUAUAUCUUACUUAACCUUACCUCCAAACCAAAAAAAAACAAACUUAAUGCCGUUGAGUAGAUUCUGACUCAUAGCAACCCUAUAGGACAGAGUAGAAUUGCUCCAUAGGAUUCCCAAGGAGUGGCUUGUGGAUUCGAACUGCUGACCUUUUGGUUAGCAGCUAUAGCCCUUAAGGCCCUGCACCACUAGGGCUCCAACGUUGCCUCAGCUCCACCAAUUACUGACCCUACAGCAUUGAGCAAAUUAUACAGUCUGCCUAUCCCUUGGUUUACUUCCGUAAUAGAGUUUUUGUGAAGACUAAAUCAAAUAUUUUAUGUAAAGCCUUGGGAAGAGUAUCUGGCACAUACAUGUGCUCAGUAAACAUUAGCUAUAAUUGUUACCAUAUUUUAUCACUAUUACUGUUAAGGAGUUCAUGUGAAAGGAAGGCUUUAUGAAUAUAUUGAAUAUCAGAAAGCCUUCAUAAUUACUUACUCUGAUAAUUCGCCCUGAAAAACCAUAGUAAAGUAUAAUUAUUGUAAAAAGGCCUUCAUUCAAAAGAUUAGGAAUUCAGAUUAGAAAUUAACAGAAGAGUAGCCAAAAGAAAUCUCCCGUUUGGAAAUUGAAAAUGCUUCUGACUUAGUCUAAAGAGAAACCGAAACUAAAAUGAGAAACUGGAAAUGAAUGGCAGUGAAUUCUCCAUAUCGAAACCAGUACAGGGUGGCCAAAGACGUGCUCCCACCAGAAUUCAGGAAUUGGAGGCAGGAGCUUUGUUCACCAGGUGUAAACCUCCAGCACCUGGGCGUUGCCAGCCACACACUGAGCAUGUUGAAUGAAUGAAGAGUUAGAAAGAAAUUAUAAACCAUAAACCAAAGUCAACAGUAAGGUUGUAUUUUAAAAGAAGACAAAAUUAAUAAAAUAGAAAACAAAACAGUAGCCUUAAUCCGAAGGCUGUUUAUUUAGCAAUACAACAAGAUAGACUAUUGAUAAAUCUGACCUAGAAAAAAAAAACACACACUUAACAUAAUAUAUGAUAGAAACCAAACCAGACCCGUUGACACUGAGUCGACUCUGACUCUUAGCAACCUAUAGGACCGAGCAGAACCUCCCCAUAGGGUUUCCAAGGAGUGGCUGGUGGAUUCAAACUGCUGACCUUUUGCUUAUCAGCCAAAUGCUUAACCACUGCACCGUCAGAGAGGGUGGAUAUUUUUUAAAAAUCAAACUAUGCAUGACUUUUUUCUAAUUGAAUAUCUAGACAAAAUGGAUUUUUAAAAAUUAUCAAAAUUGGUUCAAGAAAACGUGGAACACCUGAAUAAAUCAGUGAUUGUAGAAGGAUUUUAAAAGUCAUCAAAGCUCUGUUCCUUUAAAGAAAACAGUUUAAUAAUAGAAACUUCAAGAAGCAGAUAAUCCCUGAGGGAAGCCUGCCAAUUCAUUUAGAAGAUUAAAUAAAAUGCUGAUAGCAAAACUAGGCAAGGAUAGCUUCCAAAAAAAAACAAA